CACGUGACCUCCGUGUAUGCAUGUUGGCAUUAUUGUGUUAAGCAAACCCACAACCUGUGACCGCCUGACACGCAUGCCACUGGUGUCUCAGCCGCUCGCCGGCGCCGGCCUGGCCGCGACUCGCGCGUGCCCAGUUCAAGUAUUGUCGGCUUAUCGCCAGCAUCGUGAACAGGCAGCGGCGGGGGUCCGCACGUGGGGCGAGCAGCGGUUGGGGCUUCCACACGGGCUACUCCAAGCCCGCCCGAGCAGCAACUGCACGACUCUCGGACCCCUGUUCACUCGUCGUAGCCAGCCGCAGGUGGCAAUGGCUUCCACCACCUCGGCUUCAGGUUCAGGGUCAGGGUCAGAGGCAGGGGCGGGGGCGGGGCUAGGCUCUGGGGCAGAGGCGCUGGCGCUGCGUGUCGCUGGGGACUACAUGCAGCUGUCGCGGUCAGAGACGCUGCAGCAGGUGUAUCCGCUGUUGGCCGAAGACGCCACCUACACCAGCCUGUCGCUCGGCACCACCUGCGCCGGGCUUCCCGCCAUUCGCAACAUGAUGGAUGGCUUCUUCGCAAAGUUUCCGGAUGUGGCGUGGGAGACGACGUCCAUGGCGGUGGUUGCUGCCUCGGAGCCGCGGCCGCAGGCGGUAAAGGUGGCGGUGGAGUUUGUCAGGCGCUGGACGGCGGAGGACGGGGCGGCGCAGGUGCGCACCGGCCGCGAGUGGAUCCACGUGGACCCUGGAUCCGGCCGCAUCGUGCACGUGCACGUGGCGCCGCUGGAUCCAUGAUGCUGACAUGCUGAGCGGAUCCAUGCGCGACUCGGAUUGAUUGGAUUCUUGGGAACGGCGUGGCGGCAGUUGCACUGCGUUGCCAACGUGUGGCUGGGCUGGUUGCUCGGUGGCUGCGACUGCAUGUGUGUGUGUGUGUGCGUGUGCGUGUGCGUGUGUGUGGCCCGGUUGUGUGUGGGCAGCAUGUGUGGGCAGUCAAAAGGGCUAGCGGAGGGCCCAAGGUGUGGCUGGAGUAGCUGUCUAGCUAGAGGGGUCUAGGGCAAUGCGCCGGAAAAGGUAAGGGAAGGGCAGCGCUGCGGCACAGGCACUAGUCGAGUGGACGCGUGAGCCGUGAGGAACGCCAACAACGAGCUCUCGGAGCGAGCCAGAAUGCAGGCAUGAGUGCAGGCACGAUGAGCAAUCAGACACUGCCAAAUUGCCUGGGGGUGGGGUCGUGGGGCGGGGGAUGCGAACCGUGGGGCGUGCGAACCCCGAAGGCUAAGCAGACGGAGAUGCGGUCUGAUGGUUGCUGUGCCUUUCAGCGACAGGUUUUGAGGGGUUGUGGGAAUGUGGAGGAAGGCGGGGACGCGGAGCGAGGCGCCUGCGUGCUGGAUCUUGAACCGGAUGCCAAGGAUGCCGAAACGCUGAAGCAGACCGGCUUCGGCGCAUUAUUGAAGCAGAACUUGG